ACUUUUGUUUACAUCGUUCCAUUUUACGAGUAGACUAGAGCAGACAAAGUUUCUGAUCUGAUGUUUUAAGAAAUAACUUACCUAUGAUUAUAAUUUUAAAACUUAUUUCCCGGAGUAAAUAUUCAUUAAUUACGCAUAAUAGUCUACGUUUAAAUUUGUUUUCAAUUUCUUCUCAUUUUUUUGAUCAUAUAGAAUUUAAAUUAUCAUGACCUAAUCUUUUUAUUUAUACUUCCGUGAUGACAUCUUUAUUUAAACUUCUCAAAGUUAAUUAAGCUUUUGACCUUCAAUUUUCUAACGAUUCUAAUUAUAUUCAUUGCCUUUUUUAAAGUUUUAAAUUUUAUUCACAUUAAAAUGAUAAUUCGAGAACUUUUUAACCGAAUUUGCCAUUGGGGGCCUAUGAUUGCUAUGAUAAUAAUAAACUGUAUUACGUUUUCAACGCUUCAAGUAACUGCUAUGUGGCUUCCCUUCUUUUCUUCAUUAAAUGCUGCAGUGUGUCACAGUUUAUUUUUAUUUCUUGUUGGAAGCACUUUGUACAAUUUUUUCUGUGCCAUGUUCAUUGGUCCUGGCUACGUUCCUUUCGGUUGGACUCCAGCAGAUACUAAUGAGUGUAACUACCUCCAGUUUUGCUCUUUAUGCAAAGGAUACAAAGCACCAAGAGCUCAUCAUUGUCGUAAAUGUAAAAGGUGUGUGAUGAAAAUGGAUCAUCAUUGUCCGUGGAUCAACAAUUGCUGUGGUCAUCGCAAUCAUAAAACAUUCACAUUAUUCCUCAUUUCUGCAGUAUGUGGCUGUGUUUUGUCAUCGGUUCUUCUUUUUCUUGGUUUAUAUCGUGCUUUUCAGGUGAACUGGUACUUUUUACAUGGAGAUAGAAGAUAUGUUGUUUAUCUUACAAUAUAUCAGUUAGGCUUCACUGUAUUUAGUCUUGGAUUAGCUCUAGGUGUUGUUCUAGCAGUUGGUGGUCUAUUUUAUGUCCAGAUGAAACAAAUAUUUAAGAAUGAAACUAGUAUUGAAAAUUGGAUUGUAACUAAAGCUGUUUGUCGACCACGCCAUGAAGAUGAAAAAUUUAUUUAUCCUUAUCACUUGGGUUAUUGGAAAAAUCUGAAACAAGUCUUUUGGGAUCGACUUGGUAAUGGUUUAACAGACUGGCCUAUUGUUGCUGGCUGUCAUCCUUAUACCCUUACUAUUGAGCAGCUAAUUCAAAAAGAAGACAAGAAGGCAAGAAAGAAGCAAUAUACUAUUAUAAAAAAUUAUUCUGGAUCAUGGUUUCCUAUUUCAAAAGGAAUAAAAACCUGCUUAACGCCCCCAUGUAGUGAUGAGUAUCGCAUUCCCCUUUCUGUUGGUGAUACAAUAUACGUAACACGUUGGAGAAACCGAUGGUUAUAUGGUGAAAAGUGCAAUCCUUUAGAUAAUUCAGGUAAAGAUGAAAUUAAAGGAUGGUUUCCAAGAUGUUGUGCUGUAGAAUUUACCAGUACUGACUGUGAAAUUUCAAAACUAGCAAAAAAACUAUCUUGAUUUUAUCACAAAAUUACCUAUCAAUACUUAAAUCUGAAAUGGUGCCAUUUGCUCAAAGGAGAAAUAAUGAUUUCAUUUAAUUAUCAUUAUGGUAAAAAAGGUUGUUAAAAUUUAACUUCACAUUCAUAUCAAAAACUGAAUGUAUGUAUUUUUUAUAGAUUGAAUUUGAAUUUAAUUCUUUUGAUAAUUUUUGUAUUGUAUACAUUUUUAAUUGUUAUUAAUUUUCAAUAACUCUUAAAAAUGUGAAAAUUUGUUGUAUGUGGUAUUUUCCUGGUGACAACUUCAAUUUAUCUUUAUUUUGUUUUUAAUUUAGAACUUUACAUAGUCAAUUUUUCAUCAAAAAAUGACUUUUUUUUUAUAUAUGUCUCAGUAUAUAUAUUCAAAAAUAUAUUGUUUUCUAAGAUAACUAUAUUGUUAGUGUGUUGUUAUCUCAUCUAAGACUUGCAAUAUUAAUGAAUAAUUAUUUUCAAAUUUUUUCUAUGUCUACUGUUAAAUUGCACCAAAAUACUUUGCUGUUAUUUAUUUUUCAUUUUAAAACUAUCAUAUUUAAGUUUUUUUUCCUGGCCUGUCUUCCUAUAUUUGCAGCACAUAAAUCCAUAAACACAAAGUCACUCUCAAAACAAAGUGUAUCUCAGGUGAAUGAAUUUUGAUCUGAUAAUUGAAAUGUAUAGCAAAUUUUAUGCAAUAAAGUGAAAUAUUAUCAUUCAUAGAAAAUUGAAAAACUAUUUGUUUAAGCUUUGUAAUAUUCAAUUUAGAGUGUCAUUUGUUAUGUGUCAACAAAAUUACUAUCUGUGCCAUUGAUUCACCGUCUAAUUAUUGUGAAAAAAUUCAGAAAUUUUUUUUUUUGUUUUCUUUUGCAGUAUUGCAGAAUCACCCAAUAAUUAUCCCUUUUUAUUUAAUUGUUUUAUCUUUUUUGAUAAUAGAUUGUCACAUUUCCACUUAAUUUUUCUCUUCAUUAAGAACCAAUCCCUCCUGAGUUAAUAGAUUUAGAUACCAGAAGUCAAAAAAGAAAUGUGCUUCCAAAUGUGUCAUUUGCGAAAACCUAAGAUGAAUAACCUUAUUUCUGAUAAGACGACUUAUAUUUCUACAUGACUAAUGAUUUUUUUUUCUUUUAAAGCAAGACAAUCCAUGAUGCAUUCAUAUUGUCAUUUUAAAAAUUUUUUUAAUGAACAUACAACAUAAUUGAAAUUUUUAUUGUUAUUGACUUCUGAGUGUUAAUACUUUUAAUAUACAGUAGAGUCCCGAUGAUCCGAGCCCUGGUUAUCCGAGUUUCCGCUUUAACCGAGCUAUCAAAUAUUUUAAGGUUUUUUUUUGUUCUAGUUUAUUUUUUAUUUUUAAAAAUACCGCAGAAAAAUAAAUCGGAAUUUUAUCUUCCAAACGCUCAGGAAAACAAAAUCUAACAACUUGAUCCCAUGAAAUGAUCAUUAAUAUCGUCAAUAAUGAAAAUGAACCUAGCGAAGAUGAAGACAGUGACGGUGAAAAUCAACAUUUAAAAGUCUCUGACACAGAUGAACUUAAAGCUGUCGAAAAUGCUACUGAAUACAUAGAACAACAAAAAGAGGCGACACCAGCCUUCCUGUUAUCCCUAAAAAAUGGCGAAACAUUGCUGCAGAAAAGUACCAAAGUUAUGUCAAACAAAAAACGAUUCAGGACUUUUUUUAAGUAAAAACUCUUUAAUUCUCGCAAAGUAUACUUUUUAAGUUUUUUCAAGUAAGCUUUUUAAUAAUACAGUAGAGAACUAUUUAUCCGGUAUCCAGAUAACCGGGAAACCAGAAAACCGGGGAAAAUUUUGCUCGAUUUUCCCGCCAUUUUAAACUAGAAC